CAUGCACACAAAUUGUUGAGUUUUAUUUGUUCAGUAAACUAAAGCCUUUGAAAUUGUUACGGUUUACAUUACAUACCGUUAUAAAAUUUCGGCUGUUUGCAAUUAAAACAAUAACAGAAUUGUUACAGUUACAGAACAAUUACAGAAUUCCUUUAAAUAGUGUGUUUUGGGGCUUAUUCCAGUAGAAUGUAACAGUGUUUUUUUAUUCCCAUCUGCUAAAUAUCCCACCAAUAAAAUCCAAAAACAAAUGGAGUCUCACAGUGACCAUUGGAGUUUCCAUUUAAACCAAUACCAUUCCCAUGAUAACCAUUAAAUCCAAUAGAAUACCUGUAGCCUAAUGGUUUCAAUUUUUGCUACAGAGACUGUUGCAGAAAAUAAUAAUGGCUUCUUUUUUCUUGACUUGUUUCACAAUUUUGCAAAUAUUAGCCUAGUUUGCCACAACAGAAUUGUUGAAUGCGUUUAACCAAAUCCAUUUAUUGUUUUGACACCAUGUCACAUCUUUCUUUUUGGCAUGUGGGGCACAUACACGAAACACCGGCGGCCAAUGGCAGGACAGUAUUUUCCAGCGAUCCGCGCGUGGUGCUGUGGAGGAGAGCAUCACCAUCUGAAUACCAACCAGAGCAUCAGACGGACGCGUCCUGCUGUCAACGUGACAGUUGCGAUCGAAAAGAAGCACGCUUAAAUUAAUUUCAUAUCUUUGAGUCGUUAGAUGAAAUAAUAAAAAAAACGCCUAUUGAAAGCGCGCAGGUCCAGGCAGAACGAGUAUAGUAGCCUACGUGGUACCCAAGUUCAGACCGUUGUGGAGACUGCUGGGCGUUAUCGUACCUUCUGUUAUGGUUACGCCAUAAGAGGAUCGUAUUUAAGCCCAACAUCGAUCAUUUAUUGCAGUUGAAACAAUGGGCUCCAGACUCAGCCGUCAAAACAGUCUCGACAACGAGAAUUUUUCACGCCGGCGACGGAAGCACCUCGACAGCACGGGAGAGAGCGAGCGGAGCGGCAGCCGCGGCAGCGCGGACUUCUUGUUUACAUCGCUGAUGCUCAAGCCGGAUAAACUGCCGGGGAUGCUGAGAAGGGCAAACCACAGUCCGUAUGUCAGACGAGUCGCCUGGAUCCGAGAGCUCCAGAAGCUCUCGCGGGAGAGGAAAAUAGAAGAGGCGGCGGAUGUACUCAGACUGUUGCGAAAGGAUCUUGGUUUAGAGGGAACGUCCCUAAAUGAUAUCCUCUACAAGAACUCAGCCUUCCUAAAUCUUGUUGACCCCAUAUCUCACGAGCUGCUGCUCAGCCUGGCCAGAGACAUGCAGUGCCCAAAAAAGGGCACAGAUAUGCUGAAAUCAACUGAUAAAAUCUGCAGACAGCUCAUCUACCACCUGACCCCUCACUCCAAGUGGUUCAGGAAAAGAAUGACCAGGAGAAAAGCCCAGGCCUGUCUUAAAACAACACUUCAAAAGAAGCUCUGCAGUGACUCGGUGGACCUCUCCGGGAUCCCCCUGUCAACUCGUGACCUACAACAUGUGACUUAUUACCUCCAGACCAGUGGGGGCGCUGUAAUAUCCGUAGAUCUUAGUUUCACCGAGCUCCGGGAUGAGGGCCUACGUCUACUUCUGCCCUCCCUGGGUACACUGCCCAAACUCACAACACUGGCUCUCAAUGGGAACCGUCUGACACUUGGCAUCCUUAAAGAUCUGACAGAAUCUAUCAAAGAUUCCAAGAUGUUCACUUGUCUUGCUUGGAUUGACCUGGGCAACAAUGUGGAUAUUUUUACCAUGCCACAGCCCCUUCUUGUAGCCCUAAGACGGCGUUGUAGUCUGAAGAGCAGCCUGCCUACCAUCUACGAGUACACGGAAGGUCUACCCUACUGCUACCGCAUGGAGAGCUCCAUUGAAGAACCCAGCCACUAUGAGGAAGAGGAUGAAGAAGAAGAGGAUCUGGAGCCAUGGAGUAUUGGAGAACAGAAAAGUUCGGGUACCUUAACCCUUCAGUAUUGCGAGAGGUGAACCGAUAACUUUUGAUGUUACUCGAUGACGGAACGGAGAUCAUAAAGAAUGAGACAGUGCAAGCAGGAGACCUCUCCUCCCUCCAUACCAUUUCUCCCAGUCAACACCUUUCACCUUCUCGCUCCCUCACUGCAGCUCCAUGCAUUUGCCAUUGUGGUUAUACAGUAUGUGAACCACACCAUCACAUUUACAGACCCUUUAUUCCCGACAGCACCAAUGGGACCACCUGAACACAACGAACGGUGAAACACGCUGCUUUGAAACUCUCCGAAAGCUUAACUUACUGUGUUGGUGGGCGAUGCUCCCUGACACAAGGUGUGGUUCAUUGGAAGGGGCCUUUUCUCAUGAAGAACCAGUGAUGGACAGGUAAUGAAAAACUUCGGAUGUCACUUGCUGGGCAAAGGUGGGCAAAGGUCACUUGCAUAACAAAGGUGUAUUUGAAGCUCAGAUGACCCAGCGUUUAUGGAGUAUAGGUUAGCGAUUUUGUUAGGUCCGGUUUGGUUGUAUUUGUCAGUGUUGCAUUGCUGAGGCUGUCUUUGCGGGGACAGACCAGACCUAUCACCAUUCUGUGUGUGCUCCACUAAUCUCUCAACAAAAGCCAUGAAACCAGCACAACAGACUAUCCAGCCGUAAAACUGCUAUGUCGUGACUUUUGCAACCCAAGCCCCCGGCCCCCCUUUUCAGAACGUUCACCCACACAUCACUUGUCGUGUAUUUGUGAAUUAUGAUGAUACAAAGGGGUAACACUGUUGAAUUGCCAGGGGCUGGUUUUGUUGUAUACCAAUGAUGAACGAAGAUUUCAUCUUAUUGAUGUUGUCUUAGAACAGGUAGAUCACAAUAAGACUGUUACGGAAAGAUAAUGCUCAUAACACUCUUGUUGUCAUUACUUUAGGUCAUUAUGUGCCUCUUAAAAAUACCUCUUAAUAAGUUUUAGAGGACAUUUAUUUUGACACAGUACAUUUUCAAAGCAACUUUCAUUGCAUUAGAAAGUAUACAUUUUUAUGGGUACGUGUGUUUCCUAGUUUUGCGCUGCUAACGCAAUGUUAAUAUUACAUAACUCGUAUUCUAAUAUCUCAUGCUUUUCUCGAUAAGCCAUGUCUAGUACAUUAAACUGAAGUAUUUAAAUGUUCUUAACACCAGUUCGUAUCUACCUUUAACGUCACAAAAUAUUUAAAAUCAUUUUGAGAUCAUUUUGAAUCUGUGCUUUGUUGUAAUUUAGUUUUUAAUUUGACACAACAUGUUGAAAUGUCACAGAGUUGAACAUUGAACAUUGUUUUAUGGCCUUUGAUUACCUGAGCACUUUAGUCAGUAUUUUGACUGGGUGUGUGACUCAAAAGGUCAUUGUAGCAGUACCAUCCUGUGCAACAUUAACAUUUUGUCCAUCAUUUUAAUACGCAAGCCGAACAAAAAAGGUACCACACAGUCCUUGCUUAAAGGUAAAGCUCAGAUGAUUAAACAGUUACAUAUCAAUGUUAAUUGUGAUAUAAAUACAUAUAGUCAUUUUUAAAUGUGUCAACUAUAUUUGUUUAAUGUUAUCUCAAUGUUGUCUCAAUGUUGUUGUUGACUUUAAUAUAGGCUAUAUUAUAUGUAAAAUGAUAUCCCAAAUAUUGUCACAGGACCUCAACAUUAACAUGACGUUAACUGAAUUAUAUGUGAAACUCGUAUUAUGAUCUUUACAGAAUAUGGAAUUAAUUUGGACUGUUCAACGCUUCAUUCAAGUGCCCUAUAUUGUAAAAAUAUAAAUAUUCGCAUAACUAUUUGCAUUUGUUGUUGUCGCCCUGUGUGUAGAUCAUAAUUAUCAGCCACGUGAUCUGCUUAUACAGGAUGUUUAACCUGCGUAAUAAUUUUCUCUUUACUCAUAUAAACCAAACCAUGAUAGGCUUUCAAUACUCACAAAACGUCAAACCAAUAGUCUCAGAUACAGGUUCCUAAAUGAAGGGCAUCUUAUUUGUCGUCUGUGUGUAGAUUUGUAUGACUUUUCUCUGUAUUUGUGCUUCAAACAUGAUGUAUUCAACAGUACUUUAUAAGACUGUUCAACAGCACUGUAAUAAAAUUUUAAUAUUAAAAUCCAGUGUGUUUAUUCUGUCAUGUAAACAUCUGUCAUACAUGAAACAGCAUAGAAUACUGUAUGUAGUUUAUACGGUUCUUGUCAAUGUGUGUGUGAUGUUGUGUGUGAGACUGUACGCUAUCUGUAAACAGUUCUCAGCUGUUUAUCGGUUUCCCUGUUAUUUCAAACAAAUGCGGAUUGUUUUGCUCUUUCACAUUUUAUUUUAUUAACAGUGACCACAGCUCACGUGACCGUCCUGUUGAGUUAUGGGAAAUUAUGCAUGUCAUGGUGUUGAUGUGACAAGAAUACAAGCGUUACUGCGGAACUAUUUUUUGCCUGGAUCCUUGUCUGCCACCCCAUGGCUAAACAAAACAUGAUAAAAAUGAAUAAUAGUAGAAAGACUAUGUAAGCAUUUCUAAAAUUUGCUUUGCUCAACUGUGAUGCAUUUCUUUUUAUUAUGUAUUUCACAAAAUAAACACAUGAGAAUGGCUAUUUUCUAUUUUUGCAUAUUAUCUGUAGUGUUUCUGUGAGCAAUAAAGUGCACUUUUGUUAUCUAAGCCUAGACACUGCACAGUCACGAUAUCCAUCUCUAAAUAA